CUCACUCUCGCUCUCGCUCGCAGCACCCGUCUAUUGCAUCGCGUCGGAUUUCCCCUUGCGACAUCGGCACUGCCAUCCCAGUCGCAUUUUCGACCGUGCCAUCGUGCCAUCUCUCGUGUGCCCCGCGUCCGUCGGUGCGAAGUGCCAGCCAUGGGGGCCAACGCGUCUUCCCCCCACGCGCCAAAUCACGAACAGUUGGAGCGAAACAAGAUCCGUCGAAGCAAGAUGGAUCGGCUUCGGCGAAGUCUGCGGAGCAGCCUCCGGAAGAAGAAGGAUUUGGGUCGGCCGGCGGUGACGGAGGCCGCGAAGCCGCACCAGUGGCAAGACGACGAACUCAACGUCCGCGCCGGGACCUGCUCCUUCCCAGUCAAAUAUCUGGGAUGCAUUGAAGUGUUCGAGUCCCGAGGGAUGUCUGUGUGCGAGGAGGCGCUCAAACAUCUCCGGCACUCCAGACGGAGACCGAUAAAGGGGAUGCUUUAUGUGUCUGGGGAUGGAAUAAGGGUUGUGGAUGAUGAUACCAAAGGUCUCAUUGUGGAUCAAACGAUAGAGAAGGUAUCUUUCUGCGCACCAGACAGAAACCACGAGCGAGGAUUUUCGUAUAUUUGUCGCGAUGGCACGACCCGUCGCUGGAUCUGUCACGGUUUCCUCGCGCUGAGGGAUUCUGGUGAAAGACUGAGCCAUGCAGUGGGCUGUGCCUUUGCCGUCUGUUUAGAACGAAAGCAAAAGAGAGACAAAGAGUGCUGUGUGACGAUGACCUUCGACCCGGCCACGUCCACCAUGACGCGAAUGGGCAGCUUCCGGACCGUUUCCCUCACCGAGAGGAUCGUGGACCCGCAAGAAUGCAAGCCGGCAGAGCCCCCGCCGCCCAAGAAGGAUGUGGUGAACCCGCAUGCGAUUGCAAGGCCCCAUGCCACUCCCUCGAUGCUCCUGAGACAGGGUUCCUUCCGAGGAUUCACCGCUCUGAAUCAGGUCUCGCCUUUCAAAAGACAAUUGUCUCUCAGAUUGGAUGAACUCCCUUCGACUCUGGAAAGGGCUCAGCAGAUAGCUAACGAAAGCCAGACCCAGAACAAGACUUCACCGACACUCCCUUCGCCUUCGUUCGCUCCACAGCAACCUAAUGGAAACAACGGAGGCAUGCAGCUUGGAGAGAGUCCACAACCACCACCUCGGACGAGGAUGCGGCUCAUGUCCCUUCCGAACACGUCCAUGACGGUUCCCGGUGGAUACAACUUUUUGAGUGCAGGUCCAUCUUCCAUUCCUCCGAUCCCCGAGUCCAGCCCAGUCCACUCGUGUGAUAAAGUGAGUGAAUUGGCUCAACAAGUCUCACAGGGACUCUCCCUUCUUACUGCUGCAUCUAACAGGGAUUCCAAUGCGGAGAAUCAGGUGCCCUUUCGCCCCAUCGAUACGAUCAUUUUGUAUCUCAUGUUUUGCUCACUAUUGCUUCUUUGGUGUCAUGCACAGAACGAGGCUGAGAACUCAAAUAUGACUACAUCAAACCUGUUUGACAAUAAAAAGACAGAUACUGAUCCUAUUGUGACUGACCCAUUCAAGACAGAGAAUGACCCCUUCAAUGCAGACUGGGCAUUUUCAGAAACAAACCCCUUUGCCAAUCAUAACACUUUUCAAACAUUCCAGCUUCAGAUGUGAAGAAAGGUGAAAAUUCAUUCAUGGAAUUCAUUCACUCACUUGCCACUAGUCAUUCAUCAAGGGCAAGAAGGACAAGUGUUCCCUCCCUUGAUCCUGUACAUUCCUACGUUGUGACCUAUGUUGCUGCCUCUUUGAUCAGAGAUGCACACAUAUUCAUUCAUCAUUCACUGUGGUUGUUGCAAUUCAUCUACUGUUGACUUCCUUGUGGUUUUUUGGCACGAAUCAAAGAUGAUGAUUCUUGGCCUUGUCAGCAUAUCUCUCAGACCUUAGCAUCACCCAAAACUGGGUAGCCUA